CUGUUUCGUCAUGACAGUAGUGUGGUUCGUUGUGUUUGACAGCCGGUAAGAAAUGACAACUAUGCGAAAAGAAGUGUUCGAAGUCAACUGCGUUGCAGAUGAGCUGUGAUAUAUAGGCCCAUGCCAUUAUCUACGUCUGACACUUAGGAAGGACCAAGAAAUUGAAGAAAAGAAACUUGAAUUUAGUUGCCAAGAAAAUAUUUCAUCCUUCUGAAGUGGUUAUGUGCUGUGCAACUCAUUAAACUGUUCCGAUUGAAGUGAAUGAAAUAUUGCCCAAUUCAGUAUCUGCAUAUUUAGUUUAAAAUUUCUCUGUGAUAAUUUCUGUAGGACUGAAUACAUUGCAACCUCUCCGCUAAUGUCCAUUAGUUUUAGUAAUUCCACCAGCAAAAAAAAUUACCGACGUGGAUUAUCUGUCAUCGACAAACUAUGGCUCUAAUUUUCAUGAUUUUAUGACCAUUUAUUUCUAAUAGAUACUGUCGAUAAAAUACCAAUUAUUUAAUCGAUUGCCGUUCGAAUUUAUUAUUUGUUCGAAGGGUGAUAGUAAUAAUUGAUUGAAUGAUGUGCUCUGGUGCACUGUCAACUGCACGUGACUUAUGAAAUACUUAUGUUUCGCAUAAAUAUUUUUGUAGGCAUAUUCGCAUUGUUAUUGUAAUGGCCAACUUGUGAUGUGUUGCGGUGUGAGCACACGAGGAACUUGAUUGUUUUUAGUUUUUGUCGUCGAAGUGUCAAAUGAAUAUUCCUCCUGAAAAAGGUAGGUUGCCAUCCCCCUUCCAGUUGGACGAGGAAUUGAGCAACCUAUCAAUACGAAAUGAUGGGGGAAUUGAAUAUACAGAUGAAAAUCCAGAAGAUGCCUUGUAUAUGAAAUUAUAUGAUCCGUCUGCCCAGCUUGAAACUGGUGUUAAUUCCAAUAAUAGUGGCAAUUUAUCAGGAACAUGGGAGUAUGUGUCUCCUGAUUCCAAAAAUUUGGAUAGUAUUGUAGAUGAACUUGGUCCAGAAGAAGUACGUUGGUUUUAUAAAAGUGAAUCUGACAAACGAUGGCUGGAAUUCAGUGGUUAUGAUUCUCUGAGAAUUGAAUUCAAAUAUCGCCAACUGUAUCAAGAAUGGCAUUUUUAUAGUAAUCAGGAUUCAUGGACCGAAUAUCCCCAGAAGGAAGCAGAUAACACUGAGAGUGCCUUAAAUUUUGAUAAACCCUCGGGUGUAGAAGCUGAUAGCAGACAGGCUGGAAUUGGAGUUUUAAGUGAUACUGAGCAUAGAAUUGUUGUUCGUGGGGGCAUGUAUGAAGUAGAUCUUCAUGAAUGGAAAUGUUGUUCAAUUUAUUGGCCUGGUGAAGAAUGUGGAAUUACUCGAGGUAAUUGGUUUUAUGAUGGGACAUGGCAACCGUUAGAAGUGGAACAAAGUAAUAAAAUGGAAAUGUUUCAUCUGGAACAUUUUUAUGGCCAUAAACUGUCAGAUUAUCAUGUUGAUCCAAAUAGCAAGAUUCCAAAAACAGUUCUUCAUACAUUAUCUUUUCCUGAAUUUCAUGUGGAUUGGUACUCGCCUACUGAGGUUUAUUUAUAUAGUGAAGCAACACCAUCUAAGUUGGUUCGAACUUUUACUCAGAAAUUGGGCUUCCAAAAAUGCAAUGAAGUUUGGAAUUUAUUUCUAGCGACUGGUUAUCGACUUUAUCGAGGUUAUAAGGAACAUGCCACACAAACAGAUAGGCCUGUGGAUAUUAAUCAUCUAGUGUUUGUAAUACAUGGUAUAGGUCAGAAAAUGGAUACUGGCCGUAUAAUUCGCAAUACUUCGAGUUUUCGUGAUUGUGUGACAUGGUUGAAACAGAAGUACUUUUCAACAAUGGCUCAUCGAGCAGAGUUUUUCCCAGUAGAAUGGCGCUCCUCAUUAACACUGGAUGGUGAUGUUGUAGAUGCUAUAACUCCUCACAAAUUGUUGGGUUUGCGACAGCUUUUAAAUGCAAGUGCCAUGGACAUAAUGUACUAUACCAGCCCAUUAUAUGGUUCUGAGGUCCAACAAGGCUUGUCAGCUGAACUAAACAGACUGUAUACUAUGUUUACUCAACGAAAUCCAUACUUUACUGCCAACGGCGGCAAAGUGUCUGUGGUAGCGCACUCUCUAGGUUGCGUUAUUGUGUAUGAUAUUGUCACUGGUUGGCGACCUGAUUCUUGGAUCUUCCUGACUCCCUCAUCAGGUUCUACAACAACUUCAGAGAAACACCAUGGCUCAGGAAAAUUGAGUGACACAAGUUCUAAUGAGAGCAGACUGCUAUUUCAGAUAGAGAACAUGUUCUGCCUGGGGUCACCUCUCUCUGUGUUCCUAGCUCUGCGGUGGCGAAAUCCAGAACGAAACAUUUUACCUGCAAGUUUGUGUCAGCGCUUUUAUAACGUUUUCCAUCCAUCUGAUCCUGUAGCAUACAGUCGUAUUGCCCCUAUUCAAAUUCAGGCCUACCAUGCAGGAAUACACCCAAGUUAUGAUUCUUUACCCUUAGAACCUUUAGUUUUAGAUCCUGCUUCUUUAUCCCUAUCAUCAACAGCUGCCGCAGCAAAUAUGGCCGCUACAGCUGGUGCAUCUGCAGUUCCAACAAGCUCCCUCAAGAAAGAAAGUGAAUCAGAUUCGGAGACUCCUACUCCAAGUGGAACACCGAGCAAAGAGCGCGGGUGGAGCCUGUGGGGGCUGAUGCGCGCCUCGUGGAAGGCACAGGACGGCUCUGGAUCUCCACAGUGCGACCCACUCAGUGGAGCAUAUUGGAGCAACUAUGAUGUUGCAUAUUUUGUUCUUACUCGGUUGUUUCCUGACCUAGAAGGUGAUACUGAAACUAUUUCCACUCCAGCAUCUCCAGAAGCUGGCCCUAAGUAA